AUGUGGGGUUUGAUCUGGUUCUUGGUUGGCGCUAGCGCACCCAGCGAGUGUAAAUGGAUGAGUGAAGGGGAGCGUUUGUUCAUUGAAGCCGAGCUGGUGACAUCAGGCAACCCGGAGCAUGAGCAAGCAUCUACGAAAACACCUCGGUUGAAGAUAUUCACAUCUGUGCCUUUCUGGAUACUAUUGUUGGGACAGAGCACCUACGCCUCGGGCUUUUGGGCAAUGCUAACUGAAAUGCCUUCGUACAUGAAAAGCGAACUGGGACAGGAUAUCAAGAGCAAUGCACUUAUGUCAUCCAUACCAUAUCUGGCUAACAUGUUCCUCACAUUUGUAUUUAGUGUCUUAGCCAAUUUUCUGAAUAAACGUGGUUAUACAAGCGUCAAUACCAGUCGCAAACUGUUUAACACUAUCGGGUUCUGGGUGCCCGUAGUCCCGAUCAUAUUACUCGGCUAUGUGCGCGCCGAUCAGAGUGUGUUGGCACUUGGACUGCUUGUUAUUGCCGUUGGUACGAGUACGGCCUGCAAUUUGGGUUUCCUCAUUAAUCAGAUUGAUUUAUCACCCCAUUUUGGUGGUAUCUUUAUGGGCGUAGCUAAUUUGGCGACAAAUAUUAUGUGUUUAUUGGCACCACUGAUGGUGGGCUUCAUUGUUACAGAUGCGAAAAAUAUUGACCAGUGGCGUAUUGUGUUCUACAUUGUCGGUGGCAUGUACUUCAUUGGCAAUUUGUUGUUCCUAUUGUUCGGCGAGACGAAAAUCCAAACCAGGAACUGGGCGAAACGGUCGUCACCACAUUCGGUUAGAAACUAUCAAAAUGAAGAAUGA